CCAAAACAGAAGAAGAAGAAGAAGCAACAAGAAAAAAAAAUGGUGUUGUUAUCCAAACCAACAACAGAAUACACAUAUAUAAGGAACUGCAUGUCAAACACCACAUUUUCUUCAUCAAUUCCAUUGGUGGACCUGUCAAAACCAGAUGCAAAGAGCCUCAUGGUAAAAGCAUGUGAGGAGUUUGGAUUCUUCAAAGUCAUAAACCAUGGAGUCCCCAUGGAAGCUAUAUCCAAGUUGGAGUCUGAAGCCAUAAACUUUUUCUCUUUGCCACUCAUUGAGAAGGAAAAAGCUGGUCCUGCCAAUCCAUUUGGGUAUGGUAACAAGAACAUUGGACACAGAGGUGAUAUUGGUUGGGUUGAGUACCUUCUUCUCACAGCCAAUCAAGAACACAAUUUUCCAACACUUUCGUCUGUUUCUGGCAACAACAACAACCCAGAGAAAUUUAGGUGUGCUUUGAAUGGUUAUAUGUAUGCUGUGAGGAAGAUGGCAUGUGAGAUUCUUGAAUUGAUGGCAGAAGGGUUGAAGAUUCAGCCAAAGCAUGUGUUUAGCAAGCUUCUUAUGGAUGAACAGAGUGACUCUGUUUUCAGGGUCAAUCACUACCCUGCUUGUCCUGAACUAGCUUUGAAUGGUGAGAAUUUGAUUGGGUUUGGAGAACACACAGACCCUCAAAUCAUUUCUCUGCUUAGGUCCAACAACACUUCUGGCCUCCAGAUUUCUCUCAGAGAUGGUAGCUGGAUUUCAGUUCCACCUGAUCAUAGCUCCUUCUUCAUCAAUGUUGGUGAUUCUCUUCAGGUAAUGACUAAUGGGAGAUUCCGGAGUGUGAGACACAGGGUUUUGGCUAAUGGUUUCCAAUCAAGGCUCUCAAUGAUUUAUUUUGGUGGUCCACCUCUAAGUGAAAAAAUAGCACCAUUGCCUUCUCUCAUGAAAGAAGGAAAAGAGAGUUUAUACAAAGAGUUUACAUGGUUUGAGUACAAGAAUUCAGUCUUAGGUACAAGAUUGGCUGACAAUAGGCUUGGACACUUCGAGAGAAUUGCUGCCUCUUAAUGCAAGAAAAGAUUAUAGGGUGGGCACUUGUCAAUACAAAUGGGGGGUUACAAUGUAUACCAUAAAUGGUUUUUAACUUUUUUUUUUUUUUUUGCUACUUUUGAGUUAUCUAGCAAUAUCUGAAUGAAUCAUAAAUAGUAUAGUAUUUA